AUGUUAGGAAAUUUAUUAGAAUUUCUUCGUUUGGAAGUCAAAAGUGAAGAGCGGUUACAACUUGCUCGAUUAGGGUUUGUGAAUGAUCAAUUUGAAAAAUUGAAAACGAAAGAAAACAUUCCCACUGCAGCUUGUAUUGUAUCUAAUGAAAAAGAAUAUGAUGAUGUGUUUAAUGAGUGGGUUCGGGAUGGAAUUAUUGAAAUUGUAGAUAAAGACGAGAAAAAGAGACACUAUUUACCACAUCAUCCUCUUAUAAAAAUUGGUGUAACAACAACAAAAAUUCGUCCGGUUUUUGAUGCGUCGACAAAAGAUUCCAAAGGAAAUUCCUUGAAUAAUUGUUUAGAAAAGGGGCCAAAUUUAUUAGAAUUGGUACCCAAAUUGAUAAUGCAGUUUCGGGAAAACGCAAUUGGCGUAAAAUCAUACAUCAAAAAAGCAUUUUUACAAAUCAGUUUGAAUCCAGAGGAUAGGGAGUAUUUUAAAUUUCUGUGGUGGAAGGAUUUAUCAAGACGAGAAGAAAUAAUCACUCUCCUACAUUGUAGAGUGGUAUUUGGUGCUUCUCCUAGUCCAUUUUUACUAGAAGCAACUAUAGCUUACCAUCUAGAGAACGUUCCGGAUGAAAGGAAGCACACAGCUUGUCAACUCAAAGAAUCUUUUUAUGUGGACAACUGUAUUACGAGUUUAGAAACUAAAGAAGAGCAGAAAAAUUUAUUUCUGAAGCUAAGGAGCUGA